AUGAUGACACGAAGCUCACUCUUCAAGCAACUGGCUAUGGAACGGCCUUGCGAUCAUAUCCUAGGAAAUCAAAUAUUGAGAAGGACUAGCACCGGACUCGGCAGUACAACCUGCUCGUUUUUCUAUAAAGAACCCGACAACGAUCACCGGCUUUAUGCUGGGAAUUUCUGGGCGGUGAACGUAACGAACUUCGAUAGUAUCACGAACACCUGCCCGCCAAAGAAGUGCGCGAAUCCGGAGACCAUUACAGAUCCCGUCCUGAAGCAACUUUGUAACACUUCCUACACUUGGGAC